GAUUUGGCCGCCAUUUAUCAAUCCGAGAUUACACUGUGUGGAAGUCAAAUUGAAGAGAAAACUAUUUAAUUUCAAUUAAAAAUCAAAAUGGAUACCAUACGCACACCGAAAACUUACUUGCAACAGCCAAAUAAGAUUAAACUUGUCCUGCCACGCACACCAACCAAAAAUGAAUGGAAUACCCUGCAAGUGAACCACAUCAAUGUGCGUUGCUCUACGCCCAUUUUUGGUGAUAUUCGUUCACCCAACUUAUCGCCCAUUAACCGUAAUACACUUAACAAAACAUCAUCCCCAUCCCCCAAGAUGGUCAAGAAGCAAUUAAUGCAGCAGCAGCAGGCCAAGAACAACUUGGUCAAACGCCAGCUAGAAGAGGCCAUCAACAACAAAAGCAGUUCCGAUGACAAUAAUUCGGAUGAAUCAAUUGCGGACUCUUCAAUGAUCAGAGAAUCCCGCCGCCGUUCCCUGGCUGUUUCCAAUCAUUCAUAUGUAUUCAAUCACGCGGCCAAUAUACAGCAAGUCCUUAUGCGUUUGGGUCUCGAAAACUAUAUCGACAGAUUCGAGAAGGCUCACAUUGAAUUGCCCGAAUUGCCCAGCAUGGAGCAUGCUGAUCUUAUAAAGAUUGGCAUACGCAAAGAUGAGGAUUGUAGUAUCAUACUGGAGGCACUUAAGGGCAUCUAGUUAAAGUAAUUUUAAAUGAAUGUUAUAUGUUUGUAAAGAUCGCUGGCCUUACGAUCUUCCCAUCAUCAAUCCCUCUCUGUUUGCUAUUAUUUAUGUAUUUUAUAGUAUUUAAGAAUAAAUCACAAAAUCAAAAGGAAA